GUAGAUACACUACUCAUCAUGUCAGUGACUCGUUUUCGUGGAACUCAGUUCCUACUCCUCCCCAUUUUCUUCGUUCUAUAUACAAAUACAGGGUUCUGGGUCGGAGCCUCCUCAACCCAAGAGCUUCUGAGAGGCUUCACAGCCACUCCUGACUCAUCAGUUUCGUCUUUUCAAUCACUUCUAAGUGAUUCCACUGGCAACUACUCUCUGGGUUUUCUACGAGUCAAUAGAACCCAACUCGCUCUUGUGGUCCUCCACGUUCCAUCUUCGGAGCAACUCUGGAUCGCCAACACCACCCGCUUGCCACGAUGGUCCAAACCCACUCGGCUAUUCUUCAAUGGCAGUCUCGUUAUUUCAGACCCUCACACGAGGGUGUUUUGGUCGAGUAACACCGACGGCGACCGGGUUUUGCUCUCCAACACCUCCAAUAUCCAAAUACAAAAGCUCGACGAUUCGCACUCUGUUAUCUGGCAAAGUUUUGACUUUCCAACAGAUACUCUCGUGGAAAACCAAAAUUUCACAAGUACCAUGACAUUGGUUUCUUCAAAUGGGCUUUAUUAUAUGCGGUUAGGAUCCAAUUUCAUCGGUUUAUACGCAAAGUUCAAGGAAGGGUCAAACUCGGAUCAAAUCUAUUUGAAGCACAAAGCAAUGGAAGCCAAAGCACACAUCAUUGAUGGCCAAGGACCCAUUUACGCACUACUCAACUCAGACGGGUUUCUAGGUAUGUACCAAAACGAGUCAGCACUGGUUGACGUGCAAGCCUUUAGUAGCUUUCAACAAACCGGAUCCGGAAUCCGCCGGGUCCGGAUCGAACCUGACGGGAAUCUCAAAGGGUAUUACUGGACCGGGUCGAGUUGGAUCCUAGACUACCAGGCAAUAUCCGACACGUGUGAGUUACCGAGUUCUUGCGGGUCAUUCGGUCUCUGUCAACCGGGUAGGGACUGUUCUUGUCUGGACAACCGGACGGAGCACAACUCCGGCCGGUGUGUAUCGCCGGAGGACAGUUACGGCGACUUUUGUAGUUCAGAUGAUAACAAGUAUGUGGUUUUGAGAAGGAAUGGUGUGGAGUUGCCCUACAAAGAGCUCAUGAGGUACGAAGAAAUGGCGUCACUAGAGGCAUGUGAGAGUGCAUGUGACAUCAACUGUACAUGUUGGGGUGUGGUGUACAGUAACACCUCUGGGUUCUGCUACAGGAUAGACUAUCCCAUACAGACGUUGGUGGGUGUUGGGGAUGAGACCAAGGUGGGCUACUUUAAGAUGAGGGAAGGUGCAGGGAAGGAAAAAGUGGACGUUGGGUUACGAACUGGAAUAGGGUUACUUUGCGGAGCAGUUUUGGUAUUUGGCGGGGUUGUUGGGUUUGGUUUGUAUAAGUUAUGGAGAAGAAAGAGAGGUGUUAGUGGGUACGUGGAAGAUGAUGGUGGGUUGGGUGUGGGACCAUAUAAAGGCUUGGGGUCCGCAAGCUUUAGUUCAAUUGAGCUUGGGGAAAGGUGACGUAAGGGAUGACGUUUUCUUGGGUUGGGGUGUCUUUGGCAAGGCUACUCUAAAUGCUAGGUGAUUUUAAGUCGAUUGUAUAUUAAGUAAUUAUUAUUAGUUUAUCGCAGCUUCCCAUCUUUCUCAGGAACCAAACACAUGAGGACAUGUUGCCACGUCCUUUUUUUUGAAUGAUACAAGUUGACAAA